AUGGGAACCACUUCAGGACCACAGUUCCUAUCAGAGGAUGGAUUACCGUACGGUAUGCCAAGUGGAGCAAGCCCCGCGCUGCACCCUAGCACUCCCUUCGGUAAUCCACCUGCGCUUCAGACCACGGUCGAAGCGGAGCUUUUGGCUCAGAUGACCUCCCUCCGAAAGGAGAUGGCUAAACUCCAAGAACGUAACAAUCUCCUCUCGUCCAAAGUGGACGAAACCCAACGGUUGCUUAAUCAGCAGGAAACGCAAAACGUUCGGAGCACCGAAUCUUCCCAGAGUCAGCAGACCCCCGGUCGGCAGAGGAAGGGAAAACAGGGGGCAAAGGCAACGCCUGCGCCUUCCAAGCAGCUGGUAGUCCCGGCACCCCAGGACCAACCGCACGUACCGAAGAAGGUAUACACCGACUGUCGUCAUCGGAUCAACGACAAGAAGGAUGCCGAGCGGCAUAGGUCCCCAAUCAGACUAAACGCCAACUUGAGGGACUCCCGGAUGAGGGUCUUGGGGGAUAAGUCGCCCCUUCGGAGGGCUCAGGGUUUGGAUUCGGCGCAGGAAUCCGACGAUGAGUACAUCCCCACCAGGGACACCGAAUCGAGCUACCGUUCGGAAGCUUCCCCGGAGUAUUCGAAGGCGAGAUCACCAAGUCCAAGGAAAGCUUCCGAGGACUUUGGUUCCGAGGACGUCCCCAGCCGAGACCCCACCAUCCGAUUACUUUUUCAAAGAAUCCAGAAGAUGGAGGAGGACCGAACCCGAUCCCAGGUCCCUGACUGGGGAAAACUUCGGCCGGGACCGUUUACCGAGCGCAUCAAGAGGUCCAGACCGGACAGGGAGGUGCAGCCGCUGCGCAUACCCUUCUAUACCGGUGUGGAGGACCCUCUGACGCACCUCCACUCCUUCCAAUCGGCAGUUGGGUGUAAGGGCCUCAGCGACGAGGGACAAUGUCUGCUGUUCCCCUCGUCCCUUACCGGAGCUGCGCUGAACUGGUUCUACCGUCUCGAGCCAGGGACGGUACAUUCCUUUGACGAACUGAAGCAGAUUUUCCUCAACCACUUCAUGAUCCAGACGGACCGGUUGUACUCUGCCGACGACCUGUACACGGUUCGGCAAAGGGAAGACGAACCCCUACGGGAAUACGCCGCGCGCUUCAGUCACGAGUACUCGAGGUGUCCCGAAACGGACGACAGGGCAGCCUACGGCGCCUUCAAGAGUGGCCUACGGUCCUCUCACUUCCGGUACCUCGUGCACAGUAGCAACUGGCGCACGUAUGACGAGUUAAUGAAGCAGGCGGCAGUCCAUGCGAAGGCCGAAUACUUCAACUCCAAACCCGGGCCUUCGGCUCGGAGGGAGGAAUCGGCAGCAAAAAGCUAUCCAGGCCGAACCGACGAACCGUCGGCAGGACACAAACGGAAGGACAACCGGGAUAACCGGCAGGGAAAUUCGAAGAAAGGACGUGGGAAGUACGGUCGUAACGACCACCGGGCACCCAUACCGAAUCACGAUCGUGCUCAGGAAGUCUUCACCCUGCUGAACACGACGUACGAGACCGUUCUAAUGAACGAACGUGACCAGAUCCCGAAGCCGACCAACCGGAAGCCCAAUCGGCAGGAUAAUCAGGAUACUGGCAAAUUCUGUCGAUAUCACUAG